AUGACCGAACUCACACCCGAGGAUGCUGCUGCUCAGCGAGCCUCCGAGCAGGCUCGUUUGCGCAAGGAACGCAGAGAAGCAAAGAUCAAGGCCGGAGGUGCAUCACGGCUCGAUAAGAUCACGGGCCUAGGCGGCCGCGCACCAGACUCUUCGGCAACUUCGUCACCAGCGCCUUCAGCCACGGCCUCACCUGCACCCACAAAGCAAGCAGCCGCGCCGCCGCCACCACCACCUGCCUCGUCCUCCGCCGCCGAUCACGCCGACCCCGACGAGGUCGACAUCUCGCAGCACUACUACGAGCCGAGUGCUACGCAGCGCAUCCCGCCCCGCGCAGGCCCCGGCGCCGGCUCCAACCCAAACGACCUCUCCGAGGCCCAGCUCCGCCAGAUGAUGCUCGGCUUCGAGCGUCCGCCCGCCGGCGGCGAAGCACCGCCCACCGACUUCCAAAACGCCUUUGCCGCCAUGGGCGCCGCCGGCGACGAGGACCCCAUGAUGAAGAUGCUCUCGCAGAUGAUGGCGGGCGGCGGCCUCCCCGGCGGCGCCGACGGCAGUCCCUUCCCGCCGGGCUUCCCAGGCUUCCCAGGCAUGCCGGGCGCCGCCGGCCAGCAGGCGCAGGCGUCGUCGUCCUCGGCAGACUACCUCUGGCGCGUGCUCCACGCCGUCUUCGCCCUGACGCUGGGCCUCUACAUUGUCGCGACGACGCACUUUACGGGCGCCAAGGCGCAGCGCGAGCGCACGGCGCUGGCCCUCACGUACCCGACGGCCAGCGACGACGUCGUCGGCGAGGUCAACCGCAUGGGAGGAGGGCAGGGAGGUCUUCUUCUGGAUGUUCCCCCACGGCCGAGGCCCUGCUCAUCACGACGAGGAUGUUCCUGCUCAAGGGCCGGCCUGCCGAGGCCGGCAUCGUCUGGACCGUUGCUGCCUUUCUGCCGGGCCCGUGGAGGGGCUGGGUCGAGACGGCGCUGCGGUACGGCAAUGUCUUCGCUAGCGUGA